GCUAUGGCAGACGAUGCACAAGACCUUUGGAACAAAAUGGCUAACCGAAGUGAUCAAGACUUGUACAUCACACAUGAUGGUUAUCUAAAGCUGUACCAACUCGCUCAUCCUCGGCUGGAAGGUUAUGACUGCAUUUUAAUUGAUGAGGCUCAAGACUGUAAUGCUGCCAUGUUGGACUUGCUCCUCUCACAGCCAUGUCCUAAAAUCCUAGUGGGUGAUCCUAAUCAGCAGAUCUAUGCCUUCCGUGGAGCCGUGAAUGCACUGAGUUCUGUCCAGAGUUCCCAAAUGUUCUAUCUCACUAAGUCCUUUCGGUUUGGUCCAGAGAUAAGCUAUGUGGCUUCCUGUGCUCUAGAAGUCUUGAAGAAGAUUCACCAUAAAACUAUAGUUGGAGGCACACAAGAAGGAGCAGUCGAUGGAUCUAAAGUGGGUCAGAUUUCUAUAAUAGCUCGGUGUAAUUUAACACUCUUUAACGAAGCUGUUCGUCUCUGCUGUGGAGAGGAACGUCAUGAAGGUGAACCAUCUACAAUAAGAGGAGCUUUUGUUGGGGGCUUGAAAGGAUAUGGUCUUGAACAGAUUGUUGAUGUAUAUAGGUUGAUGACCAUCAGCAGGGAUAUCUCACCAGAGG